AUGGCCGCAGAAAGAAACAAAUUAACAUACGAACGGGCAAAUAACGAAAUAGACCGAAGCCAAGAUGACGCCGUGGGAUGCGACCGAGUCAAGACGGUUGUUACAGUUCAGCGGACAACUUCCAGUUCAGUCUUCUUCGAGCUGGAGCAGGAAGCGGGCUGUAAACAGUCAGUGAGAAGACAGGAAAGCCGAGCCAAUGAUUGUACCGGCGGCCAGAAACAAAGAAACCAGACCUCGAGGGAAAACAGGUAA